AUGACCUCUAACAUGAAUGGAGGAAAUGUUUCUCCGAUACAUCGUCAGUCGUUUCGACCAAAGCGACAACUGCGUCAAGCUACCCUUAUCCUCCCUAAGACCGGUCGACGUGUCAAGAGAAAUGUAACCUUCGGACCAGCACCACGUCUUGGAGGUGCCGACGUCAAUGGAUCAGCAGACGGGCAGUGUCAGGUACCCCAGAGGCGAAAGCAUCAUGAUCUACAAUCGGGAAUGUUCUCAAGGUUAUCGAACGCUACAACAUAUAGAAUGAAGCAGGCAUGGGGAUUUGCAAAUUCAAAGACCGGCCGCGGCGUCUUUAAGUGCAGUGUUGCGUACCUGAUAGGGAGUAUGGCAACUUUCGUGCCUUUCAUCGCUGGGAUCCUGGGAAAGCAAGAUGGAAAGCAUAUGGUCGCCACGAUCACGGUCUACUUCCACCCUGCCAGGUCCAAGGGUAGCAUGAUUGAAGCUAUGAUAUGCGCAGUACUAGCUUUUGUCUAUGCCGUUUUCAUCUCUUUCUCCAGCAUGGGUGUUUCGAUACUGUUUGAGAGAACGCUGGAUAUGCUUGUUCUCGGCCAUAUCGUUGUCCUAAUUGUGUUCUGUGGUGGUGGGCUGGGUUUUGUUGGAUGGAUCAAACAGCGACUUGGGCACCCUCUAGUCAACAUCUCAUGCUCUCUGACAUCUCUUGCCAUAAUCACCGUUCUGACCAAGGAAGGCGCGGUCCAAGCUGCCGAAUUCUCGGGCGAGAAAGUGAUACAAGUGAUGAUAAUGAUACUAAUGGGAGUCUUUGCCACAACAGCUGUAUCCUUCAUCAUCUGGCCGGUAUCUGCAAGGGAGGAACUGAGAGGAGAUCUUAUUCAAGUGACGGACUCUUUUGGAGACUUGCUUGCCAUGAUCACCCGAGGUUUUCUUACUGGGUCAGAAGAAGAACUUCAACAGGAGAGCUUCCGAGAUGCCUCGGACAAAUACAAGAAAGUGUUUACUUCACUGACCAAGAAUCUAAAGGAAGCCAAAUAUGAACACUACGUUCUUGGCACUGAGAAGGAGUAUCAGCUGGAGGCGAGGCUGGUCAACUGCAUACAGAGAUUGGCACAGAACAUUGGUGGUUUGCGCAGUGCGGCGACCACACAAUUCCUUCUUAUGGCACAGCCUAGUGUGUCAGGAUCAGUAACCCCCGCGAGUACAAUUUAUGCGCCUACACCGAAGUUUGGGUAUUUCACCUCUAGUUCGAGCGGCCAAACGUCUCCCUCGGAGGAUCACGGCGUGCUGGCUGCGAUUGAUGAGACACCCGAAGACGCAUCCUCUGAAGAAUGUCUAUCCCCUAACCCCUUUCAAGAGGAUGGAAGCGUACAUAGCGUUACGUCUCCAUCCGACAUCUUUGCACGGUUCAUCAUCCAAUUAGGUCCUUCACUUAAAUCACUUGCUGUAACAUUGAGAAAACUCCUGGAUGAACUUCCAUAUGCCCCCAAUGGUAGCAUCGCUGUCAACGCUCAUUUUAGGACGAGCUUAGAUGAUGCAAUCGAGUUGUAUACGGAUUCGCGGGAGGAAGCCUUGGGUCAGCUUUACAAGACGAAGGAGCUCACCCAGCCACGUCCAGUCGAGAUGGAAGCGGACUUCGAGGAGGUCGCUGCGAGUUGCGGCUAUUUCAGUUUUUCUCUUCUAGAUUUCGCCAAUGAGAUGAGGGCAUAUCUAGAAAUUUUGGACGACUUGAAGCUGGAGAUAGACGAGAGACCGGAUGGGAAGACAUGGAACUGGCUCAAAGUAUGGCGCAAGAUUGGCGACAUUAAGCCAAAGCGACAUCAUGACGACCCUGAACGAGACAGCCUCAUAGCGCAAAACGAAGAGAGUGAGAUACCUGGGGACUUUCCCAAUCCAGCCCAGAGAAUAGCUGCUAUUGAAGUGCAGUCUGCUCGGGAAGGUCCAAAAUAUAGCUACCGGUUGUGGAGGGCACUGAGUGUUUUUCGACGAGACGAUGUCAAAUUCGCCAUCAAAGUCGGCAUUGGAGCGGCCCUUUAUGCUCUGCCAUCAUUCCUAGCUGCAAGUAGACCAUUCUACCAGCACUGGCGUGGUGAAUGGGGGCUUCUUUCGUACAUGCUGGUGUGUGCAAUGACGAUCGGUGCUUCCAAUACAACAGGUUUCGCUCGAUUCUUCGGCACAUGCAUCGGAGCCGUUUGCGCCAUCAUAUCCUGGAUCGCUUCAAGCGGAAACGCAUUCCUGCUGGCGUUUUUCGGCUGGCUCAUGGCACUUUGGACAGCCUAUAUCAUUGUUGCUCAAGGCAAAGGACCUAUGGGCCGCUUUAUCAUGCUGACAUACAAUCUUUCAGCUCUCUACGCUUACUCUUUGUCAGUGCAGGAGGUUGACGGCGAUGAUGAUGAAGGAGGUGCCAGGCCUAUUAUCACGGAGAUUGCGCUUCACCGGGUCGUCGCUGUACUUUCAGGAUGUCUUUGGGGAUUGAUUGUGACGCGCCUUGUCUGGCCCAUUAGCGCCCGGGAGAAGUUCAAAGACGGUCUCAGCAUCUUAUGGCUCCGCAUGGGUCUGGUUUGGAAACGCGACCCGCUCGCGAUGCUCACGGAGGGAGAGAGUCCGAAUGCCUACAUGGACCUUCGAGAGGAGUUCGAGCUCCAUCGCUUUCUGUCGCGGCUCGAGAACUUAAAAAGCUCGGCUGCUUCCGAAGUUGACCUCCGAGGACCAUUCCCUGAUGCCGCCUAUUCCCGGAUCCUGAAGAGCACUGGUGCUAUGCUAGAUGCGUUCCAUGCGAUGAAUGUCAUGAUCAUGAAGAAUCCCAAAGCGACCGGAGCGGAAGCCCAGAUUUUAGAGGAUACGGCCCGGGAAAGAACAUAUUUAAGCACGAGGAUAAGCCAUCUGCUUCAAGUGCUCGCAUCGUCAAUGAAGCUUGAGUAUCCCUUGAACGAGGCUCUGCCUAACACAGAUAAUGCGCGAGACAGAUUGCUUGCCAAGAUCUUCCGCUUUCGCAAAGAGGAGAAAGAUGCGGCUGGCGUGACAGACCAAGAUUUCGAGCUCCUAUAUGCUUACGCACUGGUCACCGGCCAACUCUCAAAAGAAAUCACCGACGUGGGCAAGGAAAUCGAGAAGCUCUUCGGUGUCCUCAAUGAGGAGUUGCUGCAGCUGCAAUAA